AUGCCCUCUGCUCAGGAUCCAUUUUACGUUGUCAAGGCCGAGAUUCAAGAAUCGAUUGAUAACCUGCAAUCUACUUUUCAUCAAUGGGAAAACACAUCCAAUGCUGCAGAACAAGGACGUCUGAGGAAGGAGGUUCGUGCUGGAUGCGAAAGCAUAGAGUGGCAGGUGGAUGAAUUGGAUAAAGCAAUUGCUGUAGCCUCUAGAGAUCCUUCUUGGUAUGGAAUUGAUGCAGUUGAACUUGAAAGCCGAAGGACAUGGACAAACGGUGCUCGAUCUCAGGUUGACACAAUGAAGAAAGCAUUGGAGGCUGGGAAGAGCUCAAGUACCACAGGCCACGCCAGUGUAAAUGGGAUGCGCCAAGAACUCAUGAGGCUACCAAAUUCUCAUCAAAGUGAUACGUACAACCAGUAUACUGGCCGAGAUAAUGAUGAUUUCAUACAAUCAGAAUCAGAUAGACAAAUGCUUCUUAUAAAGAAACAGGAUGAGGAAUUGGAUGAGCUUAGUGAAAGUGUACGAAGAAUUGGAGGUGUUGGACUUACAAUACAUGAUGAACUCACUUCACAGGAUAAGAUUCUAGAGGAACUUGGUUCUGAGAUGGAAAGUACAACAAAUCGUCUUGAUUUUGUCCAAAAAAAAGUGGGAAUGGUUAUGAAGAAGGCUAGUACAAAGGGUCAGAUCAUGAUGAUAUGUGGUUUGCUGGCCUUGUUCAUCUUCCUCUUUAUCUUAGUAUUCUUCACCUAG